AUGCGCACGGCGCUCGUUGCUAAACCGCUCUCUUCGUCGGCCUCGUCGUCUACCUCGAGAAGAGCGAGUCAAAGACCGAACUUGAUGGUUCGCGCCGAAGCUAAGAAUUUAACCUUUGAUAUGGCGGCGAGACAGAAAAUGCAAGCUGGUAUUGACAAGUUGGCCGACGCGGUGGCUAUCACCUUAGGCCCUAGAGGCAGAAACGUCGUGUUAGAAGAAAAGUUCGGCGUUCCGCAAGUUAUCAACGAUGGUGUUUCUAUCGCGAGAUUUAUCGAGCUUCCAGAUCCGGUUGAAGAUGCCGGUGCGCAGUUGAUUAAAGAAGUUGCCGGUCGUACCAACGAUUCCGCCGGCGACGGCACGACGACUGCUUCCAUCUUAGCGAGAGAAAUGAUCAUGUUUGGUUUGCAAUCCGUCGCUUCGGGUGCUAACCCGGUCAACAUUAAGAAAGGGAUCGAUAAAACGUCUGACUUUUUGACGAAGAAAUUGAACGAAUUAGCCGUCGACGUCAAGGGUAAGGAAGACAUCAAGGCGGUUGCCUCUAUUUCCGCGGGGAACAAUGACGAAAUCGGCGACAUGAUUGCCGACGCGAUAGAAAAAGUAGGUGCGGAUGGUGUCUUGUCCAUUGAAAAUGGUAACGGUUUAGAAACUAUCGUCGAGAUUGAGGAAGGUAUGGAAAUUGACCGUGGCUACGGGUCGCCGCAGUUUGUCACGAAUAACGAAAAGUUAUUGGUUGAAAUGGAAAAUGCAAGAAUUAUCAUCACCGACGAAAAGAUUGAGCAAGUGAAGGAUUUGGUACCGCUUUUGGAGCAAAUCACCGAAGCUGGCUCGCCGCCGGUUUUACUCAUCGCAGAGGAUGUCGUCGGUGAAGCGUUGGCGACGUUGGUCGUCAACAAACUCAGAGGCGUUUUGAACAUCACCACCAUGAAGGCUCCGGGAUUUGGCGAGCGACGCAAGGCUUUACUCCAAGAUAUCGCCAUCGUUACCGGUUCGCAAUACUUGGCGAAGGAUUUGGGUUUAUCCGUCGCGACGGCGACGAUUGAUUCGUUGGGUUUUGCCCGUAAAGUUACGCAAGCUGCGACUACGACGACUUUUAUUGCCGAUUCUGCUUCUCGAGAUGACAUCGACUUGCGCGUCGCGCAAUUGAAACAAGAACUCUCUGAAACCGAUUCCGUUUACGACACGCAAAAGCUCUCGGAGCGUAUCGCAAAAUUGGCUGGGGGUGUUGCCGUCAUCAAGGUCGGUGCGGCGACUGAGGCUGAAUUAGAAGAUAAAAAGUUGCGCAUUGAGGAUGCGAAGAACGCUACGUUUGCGGCUGUCGAAGAAGGCAUCGUUCCGGGAGGCGGCGCCGCUUUGGUGCACUUGUCUGUGAUGAUUGAGGAAUUCAAGGAAACUCUCACGGACCCGGAGGAGAAAUUAGGCUGUGAAAUCGUUCAAAAGGCAUUAGUCGCGCCAUGCAGAUGGAUCGGUAACAACGCUGGCGUUGAAGGUGAUGUCAUCGUGUCCAGAGUGGCGCAAGAACCGUGGGAGAUUGGAUACAACGCCAUGUCUGGCGAAUACGCCAACUUGAUUGAAACCGGCGUCAUCGACCCGAAGAAAGUUACGAGAUCUGGCAUCCAAAACUCUUGCUCUAUUGCCGGUAUGGUUUUGACCACGCAAGCCGUCAUCACAGAAAUCCCGAAGAAGCAAUUAAAGGGAAGAGUGAUGGAUAGCAAUGCGGACACCGCGAAUGCGCCGGGCACAUUUUCCAUUUGA